CAUGAAGCUAAACACGGGAUCCAUCAGGGCACUGAUGAUGCUGCUCUGCGUUGCCUUUAGCCAGGCACAUGGCUUUGGCGGUGGCAAAAAGUUUGGAGGUGGCUAUGGAGUUGGCUAUCCAUUGCCGUAUCCUGUGGCACAACCAAUUCCUGUUCCUCAGCCGGUACCAGUGCCACAGCCCGUGCCAGUUCCAGUUGCUGUGCCUCACCCGGUGCCGGUUGCAGUUCCAUUUGCUAAGCCUUUCAAACACGGUUGGAAGGGUGGCUUCGGUGGGGGCUACGGUGGGGGCGGCUUUGGUGGCUAUGGCGGAGGGUAUGGCGGUGGAUUUGGUGGAUAUGAAAGCUAUUCAUCAUAUGGAGGAGCAUUUGGAGGUGCAUAUGGUGGCGGCUUUGGCGGCGGAUUAGGAGGCUUGGGUGGCUUCGGUGGCGCAUUCAGACGCCGCUAAAAUUAAUUUUAGUUGAAUGUUAUUUUAUGUAUUAUAUUAACUAAAU